AGGACCUCCCGGGCUCAGGCGCCGUCAGUGACUCCCCUGCCGGGAGACAGACCGGCCCGCCCCGAGCCGAGGCCCCGCGCCCGGCCGUCCCGCACCGGCUCGUGACCGUCGUGGUGACACUCGCCCGGAGUGAGAAGGAGUGCGUGUGCGUGUGAGCGUGUGAGCGCGUGUGAGAGUGCACAGGAGCAGCCGUGGGAUGGUUGCCGCCGGCAGUCGGCAUGCGGCGCCCAAGUGACAGCGAGAGUGACCCCACGAGUGACCCCACGAGUGACCCACAGGAGUGACCGUCGAGUGAUCCGCGUAGCCGUCAUCGGCGCCCUCACCAUGGUGUGGCGGCCGCUGCCGCUGCUGCUGCUGCUGCUGGCGGCGUGGCCGGGGUGCCUCGGCCGGUCGCGGCUCUCCGCCGUGGACCGCACCAGCGACUACCCGCCCUGCUUCUUCAACCCGCUGUGCUCGUGCAGCAAGUCGGUGCCCGACCUCGGCAUCGUGUGGUGCCGGGACGUGCCCAUGCCGCGCGCGCCGCCGCCGCUCAACGAGUCCAAGGUGUUCAUGCUGCACCUCGACAACGUCGGCCUGCGCUCGCUCGACGCGCACUUCCUCACGGGCACAGGACUAUACCGGCUGGAGAUGAGCCGCAACCCGCUGGUGCACGUGGCGGACGAGGCGCUGCUGGGGCUGGAGCGGUCCCUGUCGGAGCUGGAGCUGCGGUGGAACCGGCUGACGGCCGUGCCGAGCAACGCGCUGCGGCACCUGCAGCGGCUGCACCUGCUGGACCUGACUGGCAACGAGAUCAGCGACGUGUCGCACGACAACUGGCGCGGCCUGGAGCACUCGCUCACCCACCUCGUCCUGGCCAGGAACGCUCUCCAGAUGUUCUCCGGGUCGGGUACGUUCAGCGUGCUCCAGGCGCUCGAGACGCUCGACCUGAGCGGGAACGCUAUCGCCGAGGUCCACGGCGACACGCUCUUCAGCGGCCCGCACCGCCUGCAGCACCUGUACCUCGCCGACAACCAGCUGCAGUGGCUGCCGUACCAGCAGGUGGCGCACCUGCGCAACCUGCGCACGCUCGACGUGUCCUCGAACCGCCUGUUCAGCAUGGAGGCGCAGCCGGGCGUGUCGCCGCACGAGACCCGCAUGCGCCUGGUGCUGGACGAGCUGCACCUGCAGCACAACCAGCUGCGCCACCUGCCGCCGGCCGCCUUCCACCACUUCGAAAUGAUCAACAAGACCUACCUGGACGGCAACCCGCUGUCGGAGAUCGAGGAGAAUGCAUUCCGGGAGGCGCGGAUACGCGAGCUGUGGAUCCGGGACUGCGGCCUCACGGACAUCCACCCCGACGCCCUGGCCGGGCUGGAGGGCUACUUGCAGGUGCUGCAGCUGUCAGCCAACAACCUGACGCAGCUGCCGGUGCAGAUGCUGAUGCGGCUGGACCAGCUCCGGGAACUCAACAUCCGCGACAACGUGCUCCGCGACCUGGACGCGGACAAGCUGUUUCAGGCCUUCCGGGACAGAGUGCAGCGCCUGGACGUGGGCGGCCGGCGCAACAACCCCGUCGCCGUGCAGGAGUUCGCCAACAUGCGUAGCUUGCGCGCGCUGUCCCUGUCUCGGCUGCCGCAGAACCACCUGAGCAUGUCCGACUUCGAGGACUUCACGCCGGAGCUGGACGAGCUCAAGGUGUCCGACGGCGGCCUGCAGUCCGUCAAGAACUACGCGUUCCGCUACGUGCGCGGGCUCCGCUUCCUGGACCUGUCCGACUCCAACAUCGGUACCCUGGAGCAGGACGCGUUCCAGGAGGUGGGCCACAGCCUGCUGGAGCUGCGCAUGGCACGCGGCCUCGGCAGCAUGCGCCAGGUGCCCGGCGAAGCCCUCCGUCACCUGGCCUUCCUCACCCUGCUGGACCUGAGCCACAACCGCCUGCGCUCCAUGUCCCCCAACUCCUUCCGGCCGCUGCAGAAGCUCCGGACGCUCCUGCUUAGGGACAACACCCUGGAGAGCUUGCCGCCCGGCGCCCUGGACGCGGACGCGCACAUACACCUGGAAGAGGUGGACCUGUCCUUCAACGAGAUCCACGUGCUGUCGGAGCACUCCGUGUACGACCUCCCCGUGCUCCGGCGCCUCGACCUGAGCGACAACCGCAUCGGGCGCAUCGAGCGGCACGCCAUCGCCAACCUGGACAAGCUGCGGAAGUUGGACCUCCGGGGCAACCGCGUGCAGCAGAUGGACACGGAGGCCUUCCAGAACCUUCCCGCGCUGGAGGAGCUGGACCUGGCCUACAACGAUAUGGCGGACCUCGACUUCGGCAUGCUGGAGCAGGUGGGCACGCUGUCCUCCUUCAAGCUCAACCUCAGCCACAACCACAUCUACCACCUGGAGCAGCACCUGGGCGGCGGCCGCGACGCGCUGUUCCACUCCAACGUCAAGAUGCUCGACCUGUCGCACAACAACGUGUCGACCGUGGCCCGCUACUUCUUCCGGCCGGUCGAGUCCUCGCUCACGCACCUCUUCAUGUCGUGGAACGCGCUGCGCAACGCCACCCGGGACGUGUUCGGCAACAUGCCGCACCUGACGUGGCUUGACCUGUCCGCCAACCAGCUGCUGGAGAUCGACUUCGACACCUUCAGAAACUCUCGGAAGCUGCAGGUGCUCUACCUGGCCCGCAACUACCUGGUCGACCUACCCGCCGAGCUGUUCCGCGCGCUCAACAGUCUCCGGCUCGUGGACGUGUCCCACAACCGCCUGCGCUCGCUGCCCGACAACCUGUGGUCCGAGGCCGGCGUGGAGCGCGUCGACCUGAGCCACAACCAGCUGAGUCGCCUGCCCGUCAGCAGCUUCUCGCCCGUCGCCGCGUCCACCCUGGUGGAGUGGGACCUGUCCAACAACUACCUGGUGGCGCUGCAUGCGCCCGAGAUGCUCAACCGCUUCCGGUCCUUACAGGUGCUGGACCUCUCCAACAACCGCCUGACGCAGCUCGAGGACGCGCCCUUCUCCACGCUGCCGCGCCUCACCAUCCUGGACCUGUCGCACAACGUGGAGCUGCGGCUGGACCCGCGCAGCCGCACGUUCCAGAACGUGAAGGAGUCGCUGCUGGACUUGCGGCUGAGCAACCUCACGCUGCACAACGUGCCCGAGCUGCAGCUGCCGGGGCUGCAGGCGCUGCGCCUCAGCCACAACAUGCUGGUGCAGCUGCCGCCAGAGAUGGCCAACCACCUCUCGUCGCUCCGCCGCCUUGACCUCAGCUUCAACGGACUCUCGCAGGUGCCGCUGCUGACGACGGAGCUCCCGCAGCUGAGGCGACUGAACCUGGCCGGUAACCCCAUCAGCGUGCUGUCCAACACGAGCCUGCUCGGCGGCGCUGAGCGACUGCGAGAGCUCGACCUGCGCCGGCUGCCGCUGCAGCACUUCGAGACCGGAGCGCUCUCCAAGAUCAAUGCCCUGCAGAGCCUGAUGGUGUCCACCUACCGCGGUGUGCCGGACUUCAACAUCCCCAUGAGGUUGCAAGAAAACCACGGCCUGCGCAGUCUGCUCGUCGAGGUUGACGACGACGCCGAGGACCUGGACGGCGAGAUGCGCGGCCCGCUACCGGACAAGCUCUUCAACAUCACCUUCACCGGACUCUACCUCCGCUCGCUCCCCGUCGAUAUCUUCAUGGGCGUGCGCUCCUCACGACUGCUCUUCACUCUGCGCAACACGAGCGUGGAGUCACUGCCGCGCAGCAUCUGGGAGCAGAUGGACCACGUGCGCAACCUCACGCUCGACCUGCGCAACAACUCGCUCAAGCACCUCGGCAACCCCAACAUGGCCGGCAGGCCCGACCAGCGCGGCAUGUUCCUCACGGGCCUCAAGAUGGCGGGCAACCGCUGGUCCUGCGACUGUGACCUCGGGUGGGUGGAGGUCUGGGAGCGCAAGAAGCGGCAGUACUGGUGCCCGCGGCCCGAGCGGCCGCUGGGGCCCGCGCCGGCGCAGGAGUCGCGCCGCUUCCUGUACUGGGAGUCGAACGUGGACUGCCAGGAGCUGCACGAGGACGACCUGCGGGAGGCGCACUGCGGCCGGGGCGGCCACAGCGUCAUGGAGUCCAUGAAGAGUGACGUGGAGUGCGGGUGGGGCGCGGGCGCGCACCUCGCCCCGAGCGGCCCCCUGGUCCUCGUCAUCCUCGCCUUCUGGACCCUGUUCGCCCGGGCCCUCCACCCGGCUACUGCGGCCUGAACGGCUGGCCGCUGGCGGGGCGUUGACCGAUCUCGACAGGGCGGGUUCCCUGUGCCUGGGGCAGGCCACCUAGAGGUCACCUAGAGGUCACCGCACGCGGUCCCACCUGGCCCGGAGCCCAGAGGCCUGAGCACGCCUCCGGACCCGGCCCGGGCGCCGCCCACAGGCUACACUGAGGCCACAUCGUGGCCACACAUCAAGUGGAGGGGGGUUUUCCACGCCGCAGUUGCUCCUAUGGCAAUGUUUGAACACUUGUACAGGGAUAACCGUGAACGUUCAGCGGGGAGCCACUGCUUAAAUAAAACACCUUUGAAAGCCCUCCUCCACAGACGUGGUGGUUUGUGGUCGAGCCCAGGGAAACCUCAUCGUUUGCUCAAUUAUACAGCUGACCAGGCUGGGAGGCUCAGCUUGGUCAGGUUUGCAUGGAAUCAACUUCCCAAACGUCCGCGCCCCUUUGUUCCACCUGGAAGGGAAGGUCACGCAAGGAGGGAGGGAAGACAUUCCAAGUUGUGGUAAAGUUUCCCAUCCACGGAAACGACUUUACCCAGAAUCAUGAAUGUGAUGAGGGUAUUGUGGUUCUUUAAAAUCCUGGGGAAAUUUGUGUUUUGAUUGUUAGGUGUGCCUCCUGAUUUACAAGAACAUAAAGCUUUUUCGAAAUAUAAGGACGCCAGAAAUUCAAGGAGCACGGCGAACUCUCAUUCUAGAAUAUAGAAUCUAAUAAUUAUUUAUUUCUUACCAGAAUGCAUUAUUAAAAUUUCAACACAGUGGAUAAAAGUAGUGAAAACACUAACCACUGUAAAACUUUCAAUGUGGACAUUUACUGACAAAACUUUAGUCAUAGGAUCAAAUCAAUGAAACUGAUCUCCGUCAGAUGUAAUUUGAUUCUUAAAAAAAAGCUAUUUUGUGUUUUAGUUGAUUUUUAAAAAAAUAUUUAAGAACUACUAGUUUAUUUAUUCUCUUAUGAUGGGUAAUCUGUCUACUGAACAUGUUUUCCAGUGGAGCUGGCUUACAUUGAAAUUUAUUGUAUACAAACAUAGUUUACUCUUCAAAUAUAUAUGUCUUCAGAACAAAGAAUGGUGCUUAUUCAGUCCAAAAUUUAAAAGAUUAUCUUCCAAAAAAAAAAAAAAUACUGCCAAAUCCAUUUUUUCUUUGUUUUUGUUGGGUACUUUGAGCACUAAAAUGAAGGUUUUGUACAUCAGCAGAAUCAUUUUAACUGCAUAAACCGAAGUGGACACAAACAAUGUGCUCAGUCAAAUACCUGCUGUGCUUUCAAACACACAAUGCUAUUUAAGAAUAUUUUAAAUGAUUUGUUAUCAUCUUUAUUUAUUUGCACUGAUGUUUCGUUUUAUGUUUUGAUAAAACGAUCUGCUCACUGCCACUGACAACAACCUGUAGACUGUAUGUAUGUUUCAUAGUUUUAAGGUUCAACAGAGAGUUGUGAGAAUCACAAAACUUCACCAAAUGUGCAAGUCUGAUCUCUUUUGCAAACCCACUUUAAAAUACCAAAGAGUAAUAACAUAACACAAAAUGUAUUACCUCUGACAGCAAAAAUUGCGUUGGUCAUACCGACACGAUGGGUUGUUUGUCAUCAGUGCUCUAGUUAGAAAGUUUGUCAUAGUAAGACUUUUUCAAUUAAACCGCUACUAUAUUUAAAAAAGAAGGAAAUUUAUACAUUGUAAUUAAAAUUUAUGUCGUUGAUUAUAAAGAUAAUGUCAGACUAUAACUUAACACAAAAGUAAAAUGCAAAAUGAUGUCUAUUAGAUACUGAAUAGGCGAUCAGAAAUGAAGUUUAUAUGGGAGUUUGUUUUUUUACUGCUAUCACUGUGAUUGGUAGUAUAGUAAGGAACUUGUACUUGUUUUGGAAAAUCAAAAGUGCCCCCUUACACUCUUUACAGUCAAGCACCACAUUCAAAAAGUUAAAAAUUUAAAAAUUAAAUUGGUCCAAUGACUCAUGGGUUCCCAGAAAUGUUUAUCAGGAAGUCAACAAAGAACUUGUUUAAGACUCAAUGCAAAAUCUUGUGAUGGACAUACUGAACAAUAAAUAUCUUGUUUCAGGAU